AUUCCUAUUGGCUUUUCAUUUUCAUUUUCAUUUUUAUUUUUGUUAAUAACAAUCAAAGGCAGCAACACAGAAUCGAUCAAUCAAUCAAUGGCUCUUACGCAGGUGUUGAGGCGCGUUCUUGGCUCCACCCCGAUCUCUUCAGCGGCUAGGGCUUUCUCUUCUGCUCCGGCUCCCAUCCCAGCAACUCUCUUUCCCGGUGACGGUAUUGGCCCCGAGAUUGCCGAGGCCGUCAAACAGGUGUUUCAAGCAGCUGAGGUGCCAAUUGAGUGGGAAGAGCACUAUGUGGGCGAUCAAAUAGAUCCAAGAACCCAGAGUUUUCUAACAUGGGAGAGUUUGGAAUCAGUAAGAAGAAACAAGGUGGGCUUGAAAGGGCCAAUGGCCACGCCGAUUGGAAAAGGCCAUCGUUCCUUGAAUCUUACCCUUAGGAAAGAGCUUAAUCUGUAUGCCAAUGUUAGGCCUUGCUAUAGUCUCCCUGGGUAUAAAACUCGGUAUGACAAUGUUAAUCUUAUCACUAUUCGUGAGAAUACAGAAGGAGAAUACAGUGGACUUGAACACCAAGUGGUUAGAGGUGUAGUUGAAAGUAUCAAAAUCAUUACUCGUCAGGCAAGUUUGAGAGUGGCUGAAUAUGCUUUUCACUAUGCAAAGAUCCAUGGACGAGAGAGAGUAUCUGCUAUACACAAAGCUAAUAUUAUGCAGAAAACGGAUGGUCUUUUUCUCAAGUGCUGUCGUGAGGUUGCUGAGAAGUACCCUGAGAUCACUUAUGAGGAAGUUGUUAUUGACAACUGCUGUAUGAUGCUUGUGAAGAAUCCAGCACUUUUUGAUGUGCUGGUGAUGCCUAACCUCUAUGGUGACAUUAUCAGUGACCUUUGUGCGGGGUUGAUUGGUGGUUUGGGCUUAACACCAAGCUGCAAUAUUGGUGAGGGAGGAAUCGCCCUGGCUGAAGCUGUGCAUGGUUCUGCUCCUGACAUUGCUGGGAAGAAUUUGGCAAAUCCCACUGCUCUGCUGUUAAGUGCUGUCACAAUGUUGCGCCAUUUAGAGCUCUAUGACAAGGCCGAGAGGAUCCAGAAUGCUAUCCUUACCACAAUUGCAGAGGGAAAAUACCGAACUGCAGACCUAGGUGGUUCUUCAUCGACUACUGAUUUUACAAAGGCAAUAUGCGGUCAUCUUUAAGGAUUCUUAUGGCGGAUUUUAGUCUUUCUUUGGUAUCUCGAAAUAGUUCUCUAUGAUGUCGCUUUUAGGGGCAUUGUUUUUGUUCAGUGUUUUAAAAGGGAUGAAUAAGACCACAUUAUUUUGAUGGGGUUGUAUAGAAGCUCACGGAGUUGCUCUUCCAAACAUCAAGGCCAUAUAUAAUUUCUCCUUUUUAGCAAAUUUGUGUGCUCACUGCUCACCUUAUUAUGAACAAAAUUAUUAGAAUGUCAAAACGCAGAAGGGCUAUUAUUCAA